UUGUUUAUCAGUGAGCUCCAGAAAGUCUGUAAAGAUGGGUGAGGAUCUUGCAAGUGAAAGUGAUCUGCUGUCAGUGAUCAACGAGUAUCUGAGGUUCGCUGAGUUUGAAGAGACUGCGAGAGUGUUUGAAAAGGAGCUCAAGGGCAAAGGCAAACCUGCCCUCAGAAGUGCAGGACACUCCCGGAGAGACUCCAAAACCAUCAGCAGUCACGAUGAUCUGCUCAGCUCUUUUAAUGAUGGCGACUAUAAGGUAUUCUCUGAGCUGUGGGCUAAAAAUAUUCCUGCGGAGAUUCGGGAUUUUGAUCCAGUAGCUCAGAAACUGGAAUUUUACUUACAAAUUCAUUUUACAAUAUACCCACUGAAAUCCCCUGUAGGAAGACAAGAUAAAGGAGAGUUUGACGGCAGGAUCACACAUUUCAGGCACUAUCUGGAGACCAGAGGGGCGACACUCAGCCAGACCACUGAAUUCCUGCCGUUCUACGCCCUGCCGUUCGUGCCCAAUCCCACCGUACACCCGUCCUUCCAGGAGCUUUUCCAGGAUUCCUGGAUGCCGGAGUUGAGAGAAAGGCUGGAGAAGUUUCUCUCAGUGACUCUGAAAGCUUCAAACACACCGAGGCUUCUGACUUUAUAUAACGAAGGUGGAAAGGGCAACAAAGAAGCAAUUCAGCAAAUGCAGCUCCAUCUGACCGAGGCAGAAAGGAGGUUGGCCAUCUGCAUGAGGAGAUUCGCUGAGCUGCAGGCCGACCAUCACAGCCUCAUCGGCGUCACGGCCGAGCUGGUGGAUUCGCUGGAGGCCACAGUCUGUGGAAAGAUGAUCUCCCCGGAGUACCUGCAGGGUGUGUGCAUGCGGCUCUUCAGCGGUCACAUGAGACAGAGUGCUGCUGAGAGCGUGGACUUCACCAGACCUGGCACUGGAUAUCACUCUAUGAGUCCUUACGAUGAUGGAUAUGCUUCCUCAAUGCUGCGGGCAUCGGUCACACCUCAGAGGCCCAAAGACGUGCCAUUGUUGCCUUCCCUUGACUACGAGAAGCUGAAGAAAGACCUAGUGAAUGGAUCAGAUCGACUGAAGGCUUUGCUGCUUCAAGCUUUGCGCUGGAGGUUAACCAGAUCUCUGCAAGGUGAGCAAAGAGACAUGGUUUUGCAAGCCUUCAUCAGUAAUGAUCUUCUGGAGCGCUACAGUCCCAAACAGAAAACCGUUCUUCAUCUGAUGAAAUCCAAAAAUGGGAUUGUCAGACAGUAUAUGGCUCGACUGAUCAAUGCCUUUGCCUCUUUGUGUGGUGGACGUAUGUACCUGUCUCAGAUACCUUCUUUACUGAGGUUUCUGCUCGACUGUCUGAAGACUGAAGACAAAGAGUCUGUAACUCGAGAAAAUGUCCUUGGAGCACUGCAAAAACUCAGCCUCAGGCGAGCACAACAGUCUGCCAUGAUCAGAGACGGUCUGAUUGUCUGGUUGGUAAAAGAGCUCCAUGACUUCGACUGUCUGUCUGACUACACGCUUGAAUAUGCCAUCUCCCUCCUCAUGAACCUCUGUCUGCGCACUCAAGGAAAGAAGAAAUGCGCAGAGGCGGCCAAGCAUGUCCUAAAAGUCCUGACGGAGCUCCUGGGACAUGAGAACCAUGAGAUUCGGUACUAUGUGAACGGAGCUUUAUAUAGCAUCCUGUCCGUGCCAGAGAUACGAGAGGAAGCUAAACAGAUGAGUAUGGAGGAGAUCUUACGCUGUUACAGUAAAGAAGAAAAUACUGAACUCAACAGACAAAUUGAAUUCAUCAUCAGGCAGCUUAACUCAGCGGACAUCCCUGAACAUGAUCCUGAGUCAGAUGAUGAAGAGGAGGAUGACGACGACGACGAUGAUGAGGAAGAUGUGAUGGAGGCAGACCUAGAUAAAGAGGAAGUCCUGCAGCCUGAGCCGAAAGAGCUCAGCGGAGAAUCUUUGCUGACAGCAGAGUAUCUCGGGAUAAUGACCAACACGGUGAAGAUGAAGAGAAGAUGGUAUCCUCCGUCAACACGCAGCACAGACGAGCCACUCCAGAGGCCCGUUACGCCCAGUUCACACAAAAACACCAUAGCUGGAGGUGAUGGAGUCUACGCUGUUACCCGACAGAGAAGGGAAGAUAGCCCCGCCCACUCUCUAUUUAGUUCCCGCCCCAGCACUGCUGAAUCCAUUCACCAAACCCUGGCCUCAGAUUCAGAAUGCUGGCGUUCCUCUGUGGAAUCGGGACUCACGGGGUCCCCGGAAAGACCUGUACCUCUGCCAGGCCAGAACGACACCAGUGGCCACUCGUACAGUGGCCAAAACGUAGGCUUUGCAAACCAUGCAAAGAUUCCUCGCACCCCUGACAGUGACGCAGGCAGGACCGGCAGGCCUCGUCUUCCCCCCCUGGCCCCCCAGUUCUCCAACAGUGAGCCCCAGCAGAGCAGCAGCAGGCCCGGUUCUUCAGGGGGCUCCGGCGGGCGGCCCAGCCAACACAGUGUUGUGCCAUCUACCAGUCAACAGUUCUGACGACAGCACCGUUUCUCCAGCUUCCUGGAUGGUGCGCUACAACAACGGCACACAAAAACAGCCCUGCAAAACAGGAAUUAUUUCAUCUAACUUCAGCUGCAUCCCACAAUCCUCUCUUCCUUUCGUUCUCUCUCCAUAUCCUGCUUUAUUCCAGCUGUCAUGGUCUGUCCAUGUGCAUCCUGCGCUCCAGGGGGAUUUUUCCUGUUUCCCCUACCUUUGGCCUGAGAGUGUAGCAUGGUUGGACCAUAAGUCCCUCUGUUUCUGUCACCUAAAACAACACCACCUUUGCAGCCAACUCUUGGUAGACAUGAGUGUGCCCUGCAGAUUGUGUUGCCCAAUCGGCCCCUCGGGAAUGAGGAAGUCCAAAGAAAACCAUCAAAGAGCAAGUUAUCUGUUGUUAAAGAUGGACGAAGCUGGGCUUGUCUUAGUAGAUCCCAAAGCAUGGUUGGAGAGUUACUAGAUCAUGUCGAGUUCUUCUGGCAGAAAGUGUCCUGUUUACGGGACGCUGUGCUCUUUGGAACAGAACUCCUGGUGAGGUUAGACCUGUCCACAGGGGACGAGCUCUGGGGAUAUGUUUUUAUGACUCAAGCUGAGCUGUUUUGAGCUCGGUAUGAUGGAGUACCAAACAUCUGAGUCCUCAGCUGUGUUGUACCUCGCGUUUGCAGAUUUCCUGCAGGCCUUGGCGUUGUGACAACCCUGCGGACAAAUGCUAAAAAAGAAAAAGCAGCUGAAUCCAUGUUCAACCUUUGUGUUUAUGUAAAACCUUACGUAGCGAUUAAUGUUACCUCAUACCAUAUUAAUAAAAAAAUAGUUUUACACUAAGA